UAGGCUGAUUUGCCGAUAUGUUUUGUUUAUACAUCAAUGUCGAUAAUUUAUCGAGAAUUUUAUUCCUAAUAUAUUAGAAGAAUUGAAAAACUUGAAAUCAGCAAAGGAUUCAAAGAGAGAAUUCUCAAUUACACAGAUAUGGAUUUACCUCAGCCCCCUCAAGAUACCGAAUUGAAAAAUAUAAUCGACAAAUUGGCCCAAUUUGUCGCUCGAAAUGGCCCCGAAUUUGAACAGAUGACAAAAAAUAAACAGAAGGGGAAUUCAAAGUUUCAGUUUUUAUUUGGCGGGGAAUAUUUCAAUUACUACCAGUACAAAGUAACAACAGAACAAGCUAUUUAUAAGCAACAACAAGCUUCUGGUAAUACAAAUGGCACUAAUUGGAACGCUUCCGUUUUGAACGGAUCAGAAAUAGAAACUUUAAAACAACAGCAAGAGUCCUUGAGAGAACAAAUAAAGCAAAGUGAACAAAAUUUGUCCGCCCAACAUGCUGUUCUUUUGCAGCAACAGCAAGCACAAGUCGAACUGGCGGUAUCAAAAGCUGAGACUGAUGCGCUACAGGUGGAAGCGGAAAAUUGUAACAUAUUUUUGGAAGAUAUCUACAAUUUCCUCCAACCUAUAAUUGAUAAUUGCACAAAGGAUAGCAUCAGUAAUGGAAAGAGUUGGAUAUUACAACAUGCAACGAAUAGAGAGAAAGCGUUUUGUAUUCUACAUUGCUUACUCAAUAAAGUGAUUCAGGGAUCGACAUUUCAACAGAAACUCCAUGUGAUAUACUUGGUGAAUGAUAUUAUGCAUCAUUGUGCCAGAAAAAGUUCUGCCGAUUUACGGGCAGCGCUAGAAGAUACAGUUGUUCCUAUGUUUUGUAACGCCAAUGUUGGCGCCACCGAAGAGCAAAAAGUUAAGUUGGAUAAACUACUAAAGUUGUGGGAAACUAAGUUGAAUUUCCUCAGUAAAGAAUUGAUUGAACAAAUGAAGAGUCCCGUUCUCACUUAUCAGGAUUAUCAGACGAAUAAGAUGGCGAAAUACUCUGAAGAGAUCAAUACACUGGCUCAACAAACCAAAACAACUUUCGAUAACUACCAAAGUCAACACCAAGCGUAUGUUUGUCACGCCAUGCAGCAGAUUAUGGAUCUGCAGCAGCAAAAACAGGCUUUGGAACAGCAGCAACAACAGAGUUUACAGAGCACUCCGAUACCUACGCAGCAACAAGCGACAUCAAACAACCUGAUACCGCUGGAUAGCAUACAGCAGUCGAUCCAGCAACAGCAGCAGCAAGUGUCCGCCCAACCCCAUCCUCCCCCCCUGGACAACAACGUCCCGCCCGAGUACCCGAGCCCCCAGGUCAACCCCCCGACCAACGCCCUCCCUCCUCCCGCGCCCCCCGAGAACUUCAUCAACCCCUCUUACCCGCCGCCCAACCUCAUCCAACCGCCCGCCAGCGGCGGCAUGGAUCAUCAGUUCACGCAGCCGCCGCCCGGUUUCUUCCCGCCGCCGGGCGUCUUCCCGGACUUCUCGAGGCCGCCGCCCGGCUUCCCGCCCAAACCGGAGCCGCCCGUCGAGGAACUGGUGCCCACGUUCGCCUACUACGACCUGCCCGCUGGACUCAUCGUGCCCCUGAUCAAGUUGGAAGACACUUCGUAUAAACCGUUAGAUCCAAAAGAUAUUAGGUUACCUCCUCCUGCGCCACCGAACGAGAGACUUAUAGCAGCGUUGGAAGCUUUCUACGCUCCCCCAACCCACGAGAGACCGAGGGAUAGCGAAGGGUGGGAGAAGCUAGGUUUGUAUGAGUACUACAAGGCGAAAAACAACGCCAAGAAGGAGAAGGAGGAGCAGAUAGCCAACGGCCUGAGGGAGAAAUCGAGGUCGCCCAGUCCCGUCGUGAUACCGGUCAUGAGGGAACCGUCGCCGCCGAGGAGGAGGUACACGAGCAAGUCGCCGUCUCCGCAGCCGCCCGCCUACGCGCCCCAUCGCGGCAGUUCCAAGAAGUCGCGGUCGAGAUCCAGGUCCAGGUCGAGGUCGAGAAGUCCGAAACGCAGGAGGAGAUCGGGCAGGAGCAGUCGCAGGAGGAGCCUGUCAAGGUCGCCGUCCAGGUCCCCGGUCAGGCGAUCGUCGAGGUCGCCGGUCAGGAGGUCGCCAACGCCGCCCCACCAUCACGGUUUCGUCGGUUCCAGUUACAUGAGGAACGAACUGCAAGAACUGGAUCCAACGAACAAGGGUCAUCAGAUGCUGAAGAAGAUGGGUUGGGGCGGCAGCGGCCUGGGGGCCAACGAGCAAGGUAUAGACACGCCGAUAUCGGGAGGUGACGUUCGCGAUAAACAGGAUCAGUUCAAGGGCGUCGGUUGCAACUUGAACGAUCCCUACGAGAACUUCAGGAAGAACAAGGGGGCCGCUUUCAUAACGCGAAUGAAAGCCAGAGCGGAGGAGAGGGCGAACGAGAACAAAUUCGUCGAUUACUGAUGUCGAACUCGCGGUUAUUAAGUUGUUGAUUAGGUGCGAACGUCCCGUCGCGAAGGAACCGCGAGUUGUCAUCGAGAUGACUGUUCUUCUUGUAGAUUAUUUCAGGGUGCAGUUAUCGUGGCAUCAGUAUAUAUAGAAUUUUCGUUUUAUUUGUCCUAUUUGUUCUUCACACACAACUAUAUGACUGUAUACAUAUUUCUAAUGUCUAGGCGACUUGCAGGUUCUUGAUGAUAUUUUAUAGUUUUGAAAUUUUAGAAGAGUACAUCAUGGAUUAAAAGAAUUUUCGAAAUGUUGAAUUAUGCCACUUUUUUUCCAUUGUAAAUAUGGUAAUUUUGAUUUAUGUAUAUUUGUAUGUAAUUAAAUAUUCUCUUCAUA